CAAUUGCUUAACCACUGCGCCACCGAGGCAGGUUGACGUUUGCAACAAACCGCGCAAACCCUAGCUCGUGCGCGUAGCAAUGCCGUUUGCUAGUUUACGGUUGUUGUUUUUUUUUCUCUCUCUCUCUGUCUGUCUCUCUGCGUUCAGCAGAUUGGCGGAGUUUCGUUUAUCGAUCGAAUACGAGGAUAAUUUCAAUACGAUGAAACGAAAGAGAAAUUUUGUGAGUCACAGAGCAAAAGUCUUCUCUGUUCUGUAAAAUGAGAAAGUGAAUGGGAAAUAUUCGACCAGGAGUUUGGACAAAUCUGUUUUGAGAAAUUAGUGGACGCUACAUUUUACCUACAUCGAUAGGAGUUGAGAGUGCGACUUUUUGCCCUUCACCAAGAGUAAGAAUUCUGCAUCUACAAACAUUAUUGUUCUUUUUUAUAAGAAAUGGAACCAUGAUGACUGAAGAUGAUGCCGCUGGUUGGUGUUGGGCGUGUGACGUACUUCCGGUUUCAGUGAUAAACAGUUCGUUACACAGCCGGUGUCGUUUGACCACCGUGGUAAAAUAAACCGGAAGCCGAUAGACGUAAAUCGCCUCCAUGUUGUAAAUCAGCCGAACCCCCCUCUGAGACAUUGUUUCGUAUUCGUGGAAUUGAUUUUUCUGAACGUGUCCGUGAGACAAAUAAACAAUUAAUGAGACGAGUACUUAAUUUGUGUUUGACUCGCUGGUAUACGUGAUGAGUACGUGGGAAUUUGAUGUAGGAAAAUUGUGAAGAAAACAAAAACCCCAAAAUAAAAACGAAAAAACCCCCCAAAAAACAAGAAGAAAUAAAACCAAGAAAACAACUGUAACAGAAAUAACAACAUUAGCAGCAGCAGCAGCAGCAGCAACAGCAGUAGUAUAACAACAACAAAAUUAUAACAAUAACAAACGCAACAAUAACAAUAACAUAAAAAAUAACAAUUAUUUUUCCAGAAACAAGGCAUGUGUAAAUGAUGUUAGAAUUUCAAUAACACCACCACGAUGAAAAACAAAAAAGCUUCAUGUGUCAAAUGGAAAUCUUAGUUGAAUAUCACUAACUAUGCUUUCCGCUAUGGAAUCCAACACGAGUUUAUACGAACCGUAUGAGAACGAGGUCUUGGUGAGCUUUCAGACGUGGUACGCCGGCGUCCAUGGUUACCUUAGCCUCAUGGUAUGUAUUUUCGGCAUACCCAUGAACCUGAUCAACGUGACGGUUCUUACGCAGAAGCACAUGCGCACUCCAAUCAACUUUAUUCUCACGUGGCUGGCCGUGUCGGACAUGAUGACGAUGAUAUCAUACGUCCCCUUCGCAACUCACUUCUAUUGUGUUUAUCCGCCAUGGGAGGUGAGCGCCAAGAAGAACAGCCUGGACUGGAUGACCUUCAUGCUCUUCCACAUCAAUUUCUCUUCGACCACGCACACUGUGUCCAUCUGGCUCGGCGUAACGCUCGCGAUAGUCCGGUACAAGCACAUCUACUCUCCGGCGACAGGGGCGAUAACUCGCAUCCGUCGAUUGGUCCGCGCGCGGAUCGCCAUCGUAACAAUUUCCGUGUUGUCGGUGGUCGGGAUGAUUCCGAAUUACUUAACCAACAAGCUCGUUAGCUCGCUUGACGGCAACAACGAGACUUACUACAACUUCGAGGACAUGCAGAUCGGAACUCCCUACACUAAGACCGUGGUUUACAUCAACCUGUGGAUGUACAGCAUCCUAGCUAAGAUCUUGCCGUGUAUUCUGAUGGUCAUUUACGGCGGUCUGCUGGUGUGGACGUUAAAGCUGAAGCUGAAGCGCAGGCGUCUGUCCUGCUCCACGACGCAGCAGGCCAGACCACUGGACAACUCGAGGACAACCCGGAUGCUGCUGAUCGUCAUCGUGCUAUUUUUAGUAACAGAAUUUCCCCAGGGGAUUCUCAUCAUUCUGAGCGUGACGUCACAGGGGUUUUUCAGAUACGUUUACAUUCCUCUUGGUGAUCUGAUGGAUAUGGUUGCCCUCAUCAACAGCGGGGUUAAUUUUGUCCUCUACUGCGCCAUGAGUCGUGACUUCCGGCUCACUCUGAUGUGUCUCCUACGGAUAGUGCCUAAGUCGGAAGUCAAACAGCCAAUCACGAGUGGCGUUAUAUUCACAGACUCGGAAAGAUCACAGACUGCCUUGCUGCGCAUGACGUAAUAGUCAGGUUGGAAGCGAACAGUUGGCGGGCGUUUACUAUGACAGCGAGCAACGAUAACGUUCACAUACAAUUUGUGAUUGGUUCUAAAUGUUGUAGUUAGGUUUAACAUGAAGUACAGAAACUAGUGUAUCGAACGCUUUUCUUUGCUCUGUUUGGCGAAACUCAUCCUCGAAUUGAGUGAUGAUGUUAAAUGGAUUAGAAGGGAUACUAAUUCAGUCUGGUGUGGAUUUUCUGUGUUGAGACCAAAUAUUCGCACGACAUAACAAUAAUCACGGGCGUAGGAAGGUGCCAAAAAA